AUGAUUCCAGCUGCAGCUCCAGCAGCCGGGGUUACUUUGGUUUGUCAAAUGUCUCCUGUUCCGGCAGCAAACAUCACACCCCCAGAGAUAUUGUUACAAAUAUUCUAUUUGCUCGGUCCACGAGAUUUUGACAAUGCCCGACGGACGUGCUCCCAGUGGAUGCGUGUUAGUCUAUGCGAAGAUUUGUUGGAGGGAAUGCUCAGGCGAGCAGGUUGGUGGGAUGCCUGGCGACACGAUUGCGAGAUCUACGAUACCAAAUUCAACUUGAACAAGCAAAGCUUGGUUUGGAGAAUGAGCAGACGUUUUGCCACAGAAUGUCUCUUGUCGGGGCGAGAAUCGAACGUGGAGAGAGCCGGUUUCAUGACGACUGGAGUCAUGGACUUCUCACGACUUUCUCAGGGACAGCCUACGGCGAAACACCGUGUGCCAUUCUCUUUGGGAGGUGAUGCUAUCUCAGACACCUACGCCAGACCUCUCGCCACCUCUAAGUUCCAUGUCAGUAACUGUUCCAACUACUUACUGGUAACCUGUGGCUGCAUGAUAUAUGUCUAUCGAUUAUUCUCCCGAUAUUUCGGAAGUGAUUUACCGCCAAAGCUUGAAGAAUUGAAAGACUUCGACAUUGCGCCUGUUUCGAGCAUCACUUGCCCCGUUGAGGUGAUUUCAGCUACCAUUGAUACGAGUACCCCCAAGAUGGUUGUGGCAGCCCUGUUGCGCGAACGUCUAGGACUGGUUUGCGAUCUAGUCGAGUCACGAAAGAGCUUACCCGACUUGGAUAUCCUCCAGAAUACGCCGAGCAGGAUGAGACGACUGGAGCCGACAUCGAUGCACUAUUUCCGCAAUAUCUGCUCCCUCGAAGAUCCUCCUCGCAGCGUAUCGAUUUGCCCAGGCCGACGAUGUGUUGCUUUUGGCUCCCUUGCUGGCGUUGAGUUGCAUUGGGUCGAUGAAAAGACAAAACUAAAUCAGAAGAAGCAGUUUCCAACGUCGCAACCGUCAGAAAUUCUCCACUUUCUUCCCGAUCGACCAGGGACCUCUCAUGAACUGCGCAUUAUCUCCUCACUGGCUGGUCCAGGAAUGCCAGGGUGCGAGUGCUACAAGAGACCACACAGCGAACAACGAGCACCUUGCCAGUUCCAUCUUCUGACAGAUGUCCAAUCUUUCACUCGAUGGAUUCCUUCUAGCAAUAGCACAAGUUUGAGCGUGGUCAGAGCAACCCAUUGCCAUCACUACAGAGCUAUCCCAGUUAAUGAUGGGUUACAUAUUCUGUUUAUCGAGCCACGAACAGGUUCGCUUUGCAUCGGCUCGGAUGCCCCGAUCGGUGGACCGACAAGUUUGACAAGGGCUCUAGUUUGUGUUCCACCGUUUGAGAAGAACACUUUGGGCGUGUCUGAAGACAACAUGAUUCCCACUGUUUUCGCGUCUGGGUGGAACCUGGAGUGGGGUUUGCGCGUCGUGGCCGCCUAUGGCGAUAGAAUCGUCAUGUAUUCUGUGCCACUCGAUGUGUUUAACGUGAUUCGAAAGGAGCGUGAACGACAGGGUGACGGCGUCAUGGGUGACAGCGACCUGGCAAGAGACUGGUUCCUUGACCAGUCACGGCCUUCCAAGCGUCGAGAUAGUCUCGUUCAGAACCAGAAUGGUGACUGGGAUUUCCUCCUCAGCGUCAGCUACCGGCCAACGGCGAUGAUGUGGCCUUUCAAGAUAUACGGAAAGGAGAUCGCGCGAAUGGAAAAUGUGGUGGAACUAGGCCUUCAGACGUCUUUUGGAGGCGCCCGGGUCUGGGCAUUCAGUGCCUCUGGUGAAACGAAUAUCAUUGACAUCGACACUUUCACAUCACGCAGCCAGCGGCUCGCCGACAUGUCUUGCAGGUCUACCUCCGUCGGCGUUGAUGGUAGUAUUGUAUCGGCUCUAUCAGUCAGCCGGACAGAAUCUGGCUUGCUUUCAGCACAAUCGUCGCGCAAGCGCAAGCCAACUGAAACCCGAGACGACUUUGGCGGGCAACAAUCUGCCAUCUGCCGCCUACCCAGGUUCUUGAACGAUGGAUACAACAUCUCUGCGAAAGGUCUACCGCAAACCCUUCCUGCUGUCAUUGGACGGCGCCCUUCCUUUGCUGCAUGUAUUGUGGAUUUCAAGAUCCCCGAGUUGGGGCCCCGCGAAGGAGCCUGGGUCGACAGGCCCCUACCUAGGGGAUUUACUUCCUAG